CUGGGAUUUAGCUUUUUUGCAUAUCAGCCAGAAUUCUGGUGCAGUGAUGUUCCCAUUGAUUAUCAGAAUAAAACAGAAGAUAUGAAAUGCAAGAAAUUUGUCAAUUCUAGUGAAUUGUGUACUGAAUGGCAAUACAACAGAAAUGAUUUCCACAAAUCAAUUAUCACUGAAUUCGAUUUGGUGUGCGAUCGGUCUAACUAUGCAUCGCUCACACAAUCGUUUUAUAUGUUGGGAUACUUAGUGUCGGGUCUCAUACUGUCCUUUCUUCCCGACAAAUACGGCCGAAGACCUCUUUGUUGGAUAUACUUUCUCAUUGAAGUCAUAUCGCUUAUAGCCUGCGCGCUGUCCGUCAAUAUAUAUCAAUAUAUUAUUUUCCGUUUGUUUGUGGCAAUUGGCGGCUGCGGUCGCACCGGCACUAUGUGUGUGACGCUGAUGGAAAACAUGGGACCAAAACACCGGUCAGAUAUAUAUCUAGUCGGAGGGAUGGGAUGGCUGGUAGGGUAUUGCCUAAUACCAGUGAUGGCCUACUUUAUCCAAGACUUCCGUUACAUGCAUUGGGCGGUUGUGUGUCCAUUGGUUUGUAUGAUCUGUUGGCUGUUUUUCCUCAAUGAGUCUCCGCGUUGGCUCAUCACUAGUGGACACACAGACAAAGCCGAACGGGUUUUGCGUCAAAUCGUUGAGCAAAACGGUCUCAACGACGAGAACUUCGACGAAAAGUUUGCCGAACUUAAGGCACACUUGCAUUUAAGUCAACAAAACGAGAAGACUUAUACCUUCUUCGAUCUCUUGCGGACACCAAAUCUGCGCAAAUAUUCAAUAGUAUUCUGCUUUUCGUGGCUCGUCAUUGGUUUAGUCUAUUAUGGCUUUAGUCUAAAUAUGGCCGACUUUGGCGGCAAUUUCUACAUCUCUUUUCUUAUGGGAGGUGUGGUAGAGUUGCCGUCGUCUAUAAUAGCGAUCCUAACGCUCCGAUAUUUCGGCCGCAAAAAGUCAUUCUUUGGUUUCCUGACCAUUAUAUCGAUGGCCUCAUUAGCGGUGAUCGCAGCCAACGAUACUUUACUUAAGGUGUCGUUCGCACUGAUAGGCAAGUUUGCUGUCGGAACCGUCUGGUGGGUCGUCGAGGUCUAUGUGCCUGAACUCUACCCCACAUUAAUGCGAAACUGUGCGUCCGGUUCGUCGCAAGCUAUGGCCAGAUUGGGGUCGACUGCCUCUCCUUUUAUGGGAGAUUUG